CAAAACCUAGAUAGAGAUUCACAGGUACAACUCCAGCUCUAUUCUUGGCAGCUCCUCCUUCACCACAAAUUUGCAUUUCCAGGUUCUAUACUUCAUAAUUACCAUUUUUCUUGAAUUCCUGGUUUUUCAUAUUAUAUUUCAAAAUUUCAAUUCCUUGGCCUUUUCUUGCUAUAAAAAGUUGGUGAAGUAUCAAUUAGGUCAAAAACCCAGGAAUUAUCCCUUCAAUUGAGGGUUUUUCAUGUAUUGAUUGAUAAUGUAUUAUUGGGUGCUGAUUAGAUAUGACGUUUAAUUACAUUACGUAAAUUGUUGUGGUCGAGCGUUGGAUGCAUUGAACUUAGAUGUGGUUAUGGUUUUGAAUAUUGUGGAUCGAAUGGGGGCUGUGGAAAUACCAAAAUGGCUUGAAGAGUUGCCUUUGGCACCAGAAUUCCGGCCAACAGAUACUGAAUUUGCAGACCCAAUAGCUUAUAUAUCAAAGAUUGAGAAAAAAGCAAGUGCCUUUGGUAUAUGUAAAGUGAUUCCACCAGUGCCUAAGCCUUCAAAAAGAUACGUUCUUUAUAACUUGAAUAAGUCACUUUCCAAGUGUCCAGAAUUGGGUUCGGAGGUAAAUGUCAGUUCUUCAAUGAACAUGAAUGAUGGGGCUGAAGGGAGUAAUGGUUCUGAGGCUCGGGCAGUUUUUACAACUAGGCAUCAGGAAUUAGGUCAGAAUGGGAAGAGGGUGAAGGGAGCAGCUGGGAAUCAGUUGAUAGGAGCUCCAAAGCAAGUAUGGCAAAGUGGGGAAGUUUAUACAUUGGAACAGUUUGAAGCGAAGUCAAAGAAUUUUGCUAAGAGUCAACUAGGGGUGGUUAAAGAGGUUUCCCCAUUAGUUAUAGAAGCAAUGUUUUGGAAAGCUGCUUCAGAGAAGCCCAUAUAUGUGGAGUAUGCAAAUGAUGUGCCUGGCUCUGGAUUUGGAGAACCAGAGGGAUCAUUUCGAUAUUUUAAUAGGCGAAGGAGGCGGAGGCGGAAAAGGGGGACUUUCGAUAGAAAUAACCAAGGUAGUUCCUGUAACAAUGACCAUGUAACUAACUGUAGCAGUACUGUGAAUUAUAGUAGUGUGGAUAAGGAUGCACAGGCAUCUAACUUGCAUUCAGAGGUUUCUGGAGCAUCUACAUCGCUACCAUCCAUGUCAUUGGACCAGUCUGAAAAUUUUUCUGAUGGAAAGUUUUCAAAUGCUAGUAAUGAGAUGCAUGGAACAGCAGGUUGGAAGCUAUCAAACAGUUCUUGGAAUUUGCAAGUAAUUGCAAGAUCUCCUGGGUCACUGACACGCUACAUGCCAGAUGAUAUACCUGGUGUUACUUCUCCAAUGGUUUACAUUGGAAUGUUAUUCAGCUGGUUUGCUUGGCAUGUUGAAGAUCAUGAACUUCAUAGCUUAAAUUUCCUUCAUACGGGCUCCCCAAAGACAUGGUAUUCAGUUCCAGGAGAUUAUGCAUUUGAUUUUGAAGAGGUCGUUCGCCUUCAAGCUUAUGGGGGAAAUACUGACCCUUUAGAUGCACUGACUCUCCUGGGUGAGAAGACUACUCUUUUUUCACCAGAAGUUAUUGUUGCAGCAGGCAUCCCAUGUUGUAGGCUAGUUCAGAAUCCUGGUGAGUUUGUUGUGACUUUCCCAAGGGCUUACCAUGUAGGAUUCAGCCACGGUUUUAAUUGUGGAGAAGCUGCAAACUUCAGUACUCCUAAGUGGCUUACAAUAGCCAAAGAAGCCGCUGUUCGCAGAGCCGCGAUGAAUUACUUGCCCAUGCUUUCUCAUCAGCAGCUGCUAUACCUGUUGACAAUGUCUUUUGUAUCAAGAGUGCCAAGAUCCCUACUACCAGGAGCACGAAGCUCUCGUCUCAAAGAUCGUCAGAAGGAAGAACGCGAGCUCUCGGUAAAGAAAGCAUUCAUAGAAGAUAUUUUAAAGGAAAACCAUCUGCUAACUAUUCUUCUUCAGAAAAAUUCAUCUUAUCGUGUGGUACUAUGGGAUGUGGAUUUGCUGCCAGCUUCAAGUAAGGACUCUGAAUUGUGCAGUACUGUUGUAACUGAUGGGACACAAAGAAGAGAAGACAGUCAUCCUGACAACUGCAGUAACCAAGAUCUUUACACGCAGAUGAGCUUGUAUAUGGACACUAUUACUGAUUUUUAUGUAGAUGAUGCUGAUGACAUACAAAAUGAUUAUCAAGUUGAUUCUGGAACUUUACCCUGUGUUGCCUGUGGUAUUCUUGGUUUUCCUUUUAUGGCUGUGGUACAACCAUCCGAGCAAGCAUCGAGAGACCUGCUGCCUGAGGAUCAGGCUAUGACUCAACAAUUAGGAGUUUGUCAACCAGCGGGUUGUAAAUCCUUGGAUCUUGAUUUUAGGGCUGAAAGCUGUAUUCCAGAGACAAGAAAGCCAGUUAAGAAGAAUAUUAACCAUCCAGAUGAAGCAUCUCCUUUUGCUGAAUCAAGCCCAUCCACUUGUUCUCAUAUGGAGGAGGAUGCCCUGUCUGUAGACAUUAAUACUUCAUCAUUUCCAGUGCACGUAACGGCUUCUUCAGCAGUCAAGUUUGACGGGGGGUGGAACCUUUCAACUGGCUAUUUCAGACCUCAAUUGUUCUGCCUGGAGCACGCAAUUGAAACCGUGGAGCUAUUGCGCCCCAAAGGUGGUGCAAAUGUGCUUGGAAUAUGCCAUUCAGACUUCCAGAAAAUAAAAGCACACAGUGCAGUUGUAGCGGAGGAAAUUAGCAUCCCUUUUAACUACAACGAGAUUCCAUUAGGAAAUGCAUCCCAGGAAGACCUGUACCUGAUUGAUCAUGCAAUUGAAAAUCAAGAAAAAGAUGAAGGUGCACAAGAUUGGACCUCAAAAUUGAAUCUCAACUUACGCCACUGUGUAAAGAUGAGAAAGAACUUCCCAUCCCAGAAAGUGAAGCAUGCAUUGGCUUUAGGUGGGUUGUUUUCUGAUGGAGUUCUUCACUUAAAGGCUUUGAAGUGGCAAUCCAGGAAAUCACGUUCAAAAAGGAAUGCAGAUCCUACAAACUUUAGCAAGCCAUCUGUGAGCAUCCAGACUGAGAAAGUUGAAGAACCGGUAGAAAAGUCGGGAAGCAGAAUGAGUAGGAAACUAGGUCAAGUAAUGAUCCAAUAUUAUAGGAAAAGACACAAGUCGAAGCCUCGUGGUUCUGAGGGAGCCAUUAAGGCCUUGGUGGUUUCUGAGAAACAUCCUUCUGAUGAAAUUUCAGGUGCUGACAGUGGAAAUUGCAAGGAAAAGGAGAGAGACAUGUCUAUGAAUACUCAUGUUAGAGUUGAAGGUGCAGGGAAGGGCGCUUCAGGGCCAACUUGUUUGGCCUACAGUAGGAAGUCUAAGUUGCGGAAUGAAGGUCAAAAAGUUGUAUCAGGUGGAGGUCUGAACGAAAAUCUUUCUCCAUUGAAACUUGUAGAUUCUUCUAUUGCUACUAACCCAGUGGCUGGGAAUAUAAAUGUUCAUACUGGAAGUGGUAUGUCAGACGAACUUGUCGAGCUGAAUAAAAACUACGAUUUACUUUUGAAGGACUCCCACAAAUUGUCCAUGAUCAAUGUUGCCGAGGAAACUGACGAAAACCAUGACUCAGUAAAUUCUGAAAAUUCUGCAGGUUCACUUGGCAUUUCUGUUUAUGAUACUGAAAGUUCUGAAGUGAUGAGGGAGGAUGAAAUUGUCUGUCGAAUCAACAUGGCAAAGAUGACAUGUGAUGUCGUAACAACAAAUGAAUCUGAAAGGAAGUAUCACAGAAAUGCUGAUGGGGAUGUUCUCAUGAAAGAGGCCUCUGAACCUGCCCCGUCAUGUCCUCAUGCUGAUGAAUCUUCUGGGGAAAGGUGCAAUCAACAAGUUGAGACAACAGUUCUAGAUAAAUGUCAAAUGAGCAGUGGCGAAAUGGAGAAAGAAAUCUCCUCAAUGAAGGGAGCUGAUCGGGAAAGAGCUGUUUCAAGUGAUGUUCUGACAUCGAAUACAUCUAACCCUUCCUUGACGGAAGAACUUGAAGCACCUCGAGAGAUGCCUGCUGAUGAUCAACAGCAACGUGACAAUCAGAGUUGCACCUUAUUUGAGAACAAGGAGGUGGAUGAUGCAAUUUCUACCCUAGAACAAUUCCAACAUACUGAAAAAAUGAGAAGCAAAAGAAAAAGAGAAGUGGAUAUCCAAAAUGAAGAUCAACCAAAUUUUGGCAGCUUCAGUAGAAGUCCUUGUGAAGGUCUAAGGCCAAGGACCAAAAGAGAUGCUGCAGGAGACACGACUGGUGCCGAAAAGCCCUUUGAGGAUUUAAGCAAAGGAAGGAAGGUGAACAAGCAUUUAAAUGGUUCGGAUCUGCACAAGCACAAGAGAGAGCAAAAGAGAUGCUCUCACAAGUGCAGCAUAGAAGGCUGCCGAAUGAGCUUCCAGACCAAGGCAGAGCUAGUCCUACACAUGCGUGAUCGCUGUCCAGUACAAGGGUGUGGGAAAAGGUUCAGCUCCCACAAAUAUGCAACAUCUCACCAGCGGGUUCAUGAUGAUGAUAGGCCACUAAAAUGUCCGUGGAAGGGGUGCAGAAUGACAUUUAAGUGGGCUUGGGCAAGGACUGAACACAUACGAGUCCACACCGGGGAGAGACCAUACAAGUGCAAGGUUGAUGGGUGUGGCCUUAGUUUCAGGUUUGUAUCAGACUUCAGUCGGCAUAGACGGAAAACUGGCCAUUAUGUCAACUAACCAAAUAGGUUAGUUUUUGUAACAUAUCAGAUCGGGGUUGGUGGAUUCUUGGGGUCAAAAAAUAGACCUCAAGAAGCAUGUAAAACGGGAAUGCUCUGGUCAUUCGGCUUUUUGGAGUAGGGUGGGGUAGACUCUUUGAAAUGUACAUUGCUUUAGCUUAGAAUGAUUGCUCUGGUAGUGAUAUUCGUCUCGUCUCAAAAAAAGAAGCAUAGAUUUGAUAUUUCAUGGAUAGUGGAUGCAUGUUCUUGCUUAUUUUAUUUCAUGACACCUGUCUUUUGUUUUGUGCACUGGUUUUAGUCGCACAAGGAAACUGUAAGGCUCCAAAUUAAAGUAGGCUCGUCUCGACUAAUCAUUAAUGAUCGAUCAUUUUUUUGGAUGCUUUA